UGUCACGUGACUAAACAACAUGGCGGCUAUAUUGCAAAGCUUGCCGCAAGGUUUCCAAGAAGCUAUUACAGAUGCAAGUCAGCUUCCUCAAGAUAUGCUUGCACAGAUUUGCCAGGAUGUUUCAACGUUUCUGCAGUACAAAUCUGGUCCAGUAAAGCCAGAGAAGUAUACACAGCUAUUGGAAGCCGCCUCAGCAAGUCCAACCAAGGUCUCAAUGAAUAGUGUUGUGAAUGCUCUCACCUAUAUACUUCGAUCGGCUGCAGCAUUAAAGCUAGAUGGCGAGGAAUUUCAAAAUCAGCUGAUCACAUCAGAUAUUUUCACAAAGGAUGUUUUGGACACACUGGUGCACACCUGGAGGGAGCAGGGGAGACAACUCAUGGAAACAACAUCACAACUGCAAUGCUUGAACGUGGGACAGCUGCUGGACCUGCAGUGGAGAGUGGGUGUGGCCAUUAGUUCCGAUGACUGCAAGAGCCUCAACUCCCCCCACAUCACCCUCCUCCUCACCAUCGCUGAGACAGGUGGCAGCAUCACCAAACACUCCGUGGAGAUGACGCUCACCCAGUUUAGGAAUUUUUCCCGGCAGUUAAAAGAAAUGGCAGUGUUGAUGGAGACAGUUUGACGAAUGCUAACCUCAGCUGUUUUCAAACUGACAGGGAUAAAGAUACCAGUUAAUUCCAUUUUAUAUUGACACAAGUCUAUCAUUACCAUAGCAACCAGUGUUUAUUUGUGUGGCACAUGAUCCUGCAUCUCCUAUAUACUACUAUUAAAUACAGGGCUUUCUUGGCAGUGGGGUAGCACAGUGGUUAAAGUGUUUGCUUGCCUUGCUGAAGGUCCAGGUUCCUUUCCUUAAUAUUAGUCCAGUGGUUGAUAUGCAUUUUAGGAGUCCCCUGCCAUGACAUUGCUGGAAUACUGUUAAAAGUGGCCUCAUACCAU